UUCACGCUGCGAAAUUAAUUUCCUAACUAUUAUGGUCGUAUGGCAACACCAUCUUUAGUAGCCAUAAGUUAAGUGAAAACAUGAAAAAUUGAAACAGGUACGGAAUUUAUGUUUAUUUAGCUGAAAUUUGACUUCUUUUUCAUAAUGGCGGCUUCAUUAGUUAAUAAAAUUGUUUUAAAAAACACAACGAAAAUGUCAUUGAAUGAAAGGUUUACUGCCUAUCGCGCUGAAGCCCAGACUGUGGCUAAUUCCUAUCGACAGAAAAUUCAAAUGCAGAGGCAAGCCAGUUCAGCAAAUUUGAGGUUAGCACAACAGAUGGCUAACAGACCAACGGUAAUUGCUGCUCUUCGUCUAAAGAAACGAAGUUUACAACAAAGGCUUGGUCUCAAACAGCCCUACUCCAAUAUCAAAUCUCGAUUAAAUCUUAGUGCUAAGCGCAUCUUCGCUGGCACACCUUUAAGAGGUAGGUUAGGUGGACGAGGAGGACGUGGUGCAUUCAGACCUGGUACUUCGCCUCUUAUUAAAGCUAGGUUAGGAGUUGCAAGGCAAGGAUUUAAUGCCAAUGGGAAUCAACGUGGAAGAGCCCGUAACAGAAGAGGCAGUUUUCGAGGUGGAAAUCGCAAUAAUGGAGUUCGGAAUCAAAUCAAUAGAAACAGCAAUCAAAGAAAUCCCCGUGGUCGCGGACGAGGCCGUGGAAGAGGUAGUUUUGGAGGUAGAUGGAAUAGGAACACUAGUGCAGGCUUACCUACUAAGCAGGAAUUGGACAAUCAGCUUGAUGAAUACAUGGCUGAAACAAAAAGCAGUCUUGAUGCCCAACUAGGGGUAUAUAUGUCUCAAGGUUGAAUAGUUUUAUAAUUAACUUUCAUCUUUGUUGGACUAGUGAAGGUACAUCAUUGUGUGUGGUGCAUUCAACUUAUGUCAUUUGUUAUAUCACUCAGUUUUUUUUUGUGAAAAUAUUGUAAUUCUUUAACUUCAUUGUCAAAUCCUUCAUCAUUUCAUCUAUGACUUUUAAAGUGACAGCAUACUGAGGUACCCCAAUUGUUACAACACAUUUACCUUGUCUAUUCUAUACAUUUUGAGGGCAUCUUUAGCACCUGUAAUUAUUUCAAUGUUUCUAAAAAUAUUGUAUAAAGAUUAGCUUGUUUAUAUUUUGUUUGUAAACAUUCAAAAAAUUUUUUGUUUAAGAUACAGCUAUAAUACUUUAAUGGUUUUUAUUUAAGUUAUGUUUCUAGUUUAGAAAAUGUAACUAUUGUCAUAAGCAUCAAUUUGAACAGAAUAAAAGUUUUUGUUUGGUAA